GCGCCCACCGCGACGGCGGCUGGGGCUUUAGGUGGCCACGUUGAGUUCGGGCAAGGGCUUCGCAACCGUCCUGUGUGCGCCGUCCCGCUUCCGGCCGAGGGCUGUCCCGGCGGGUGCUCUUCGAGGCACAGCGCCGGGGCACUGCGAGGGAGCCGAGAGGUGAGGUACAUGAAGCCUAAAACCCGAAAUGGCUGGGAGGAGGCCGCCGGGCCGGCCGGGCCUGCUGCUGGGGCUGCUAGUGGUGGUGGCGGCAGUCCACCUGGUCACCUGCCCCUACACCAAGGUGGAAGAGAGCUUCAGCCUGCAGGCCGUGCACGACCUGCUAUACCACCGGCUGGACCUGGACAAGUACGACCAUCAUGAGUUCCCCGGCGUUGUCCCCAGGACGUUCCUCGGGCCCAUUUUCAUUGCCGCCUUCUCCAGCCCUGUGGUGUACUUGCUGUCACUGCUGGAAGUCUCCAAGUUUUACUCUCAGCUCAUAGUCAGAGGGACCCUCGGGCUCAGUGUCAUCGCUGCUCUCUGGAUGCUGCAGCAGGAAGUACGGAGGCACUUUGGGGCCACAGUGGCCGUGUUGUUCUGCUGGGUGACAGCCACACAGUUCCACCUGAUGUUCUACUGCACGCGGACGCUGCCCAAUGUGCUGGCCCUGCCCGUGGCCCUGGCGGCGCUCACAGCCUGGCUCCGGCAGCGCUGGGUCUGCUUCUUGUGGCUCUCUGCACUAGCGGCCGUCGUCUUCCGGGCCGAGCUGGGCCUCCUCCUGGGCCUCAAGCUGCUGCUGCUGCUCCUGGGCAGGAAGGUGGCCCUGAGGAGGGUGCUAUGCCAUGCUGUCCCUGCUGGCGCUGUCUGUCUGGGACUGACAGUCGCUGUGGAUUCGUAUUUUUGGCGGUAUCUCGUGUGGCCAGAAGGAAAAGUUCUUUGGUACAAUACCGUCCUGAACAAGAGCUCCAAUUGGGGAACCGCCCCGUUCCUGUGGUACUUCUACUCGGCCUUGCCCCGCGCCUUGGGCAGCAGCGUGCUCUUCCUACCGCUGGGCACGGUGGACCGGCGGACCCGGAUGCUCCUGCUGCCCACCCUGGGCUUCGUGCUGCUCUACUCAUUCCUGCCCCACAAGGAGCUGCGCUUCAUCAUCUACACCCUCCCCGUGUUCAAUGUCGUGGCCGCCCGCGGCUGUGCCUACCUGCUGAACAACUACAGGAAGUCCUGGCUGUACAAAGCAGGCUCGCUUCUGGUGAUAGCACACCUCGUCGCCAAUGCCGCCUAUGUGGCUGCCUGCCUGUACGUGUCCCACUUCAACUACCCAGGCGGUGUCGCACUGCAGCGGCUCCACACUCUGGUGCCCCCCAACACAGGUGUCGCCGUGCACAUCGACGUGGCUGCUGCACAGACAGGUGUUUCUCGCUUUUUGGAGAUCAACCCCAGCUGGAGAUACGACAAGCGGGAGGACCUGCAGCCUGGGGCGGCAGGCAUGCUGGCCUACACACACCUGCUCCUGGAGGCGGCACCCGCAUCCCUAGCCCUGUACCGGGACUCACACCGGGUGCUGGCCCAUGUGAUGGGCACAAGCGGUGUGCAUCUGAACCUGACCCGGCUGCCUCCCUUCGACAUUGACCUGCAGCCAAAACUGGUGCUCCUGGAGCGGGUGCAAGGGCCAUCCUGGGGAGGGUCCCUGGGGGACCAGGGCCGUUCUGAGGGGCCGUCCUGAGGAGGGGCCUGGAGGGACCAGGGCUGUCCUGAGGAGGGCCCCCGGGAGGACCAGGGCUGUACCCAGCUCAGUCCUUCCCAGAUACAUGGGCUUGUCACUUCGGCACAAUGAAGAUGACGUGGAGAACGACAUCAGAGACCACAGGCAGGCCCUUCACUAGCGGCAGUCCCCAUGUCCACAUGGGCCUGUCUCCCGACACCCAUGCUGCUGCCAGUAGGCGACACUGUGACGCUGAGACCUUCUGUGGUGUUGGCAGGACCAGAUGCUGGUCACAACCACAUUGGUUCCCGGCUGAGAAGUGUGCAGACCUGACCCGCACCCACUUGGGCGCCUGGCAGGAGCAUCUGGAAGAUGGAGACGUGGGCUGGCAACACGUGCUGGGCCGCGGCUACCUGCCCCUUCCGUUGCUGCGGAGGGGGCCUCGCCUUCGCGUUGGCUUGCAUUUAGCUUCAGAUCAAAUUUGGGGAGAUAAACAAGUAAAACGUGAAAUGAGAAUUAAAUUUUCUAAAUGUUUU